AUCUUGACGAUACUUAUUUCCGCCCAGUAUGUUUUUUUACAGCGGCUGUUUUCAUUGGUCGCGCCCCCGGCAAAAGGAGAUUGGUUGCGUGAUAAACGUCAACAAAUUAGACGCUACUGUAUCUGCUGUAUUUUGAAAUAUUGCUCGUUACACGCAAAUUUUGUCACGCAACAUUUUCCUACUCACGAGUACAUGUUGUUCUCAGCAACGUUAGCCACUGUUGCCCGUUGUCACAAACGUUUAAAAGCAUUUAUAGACGUUUAUGACCGCGUUUAAGUGGCGCGUGACAUAUUUUUUUAGUAGUUGGUCCUCGCGCACAUUUGCAUGUUUUAUGCUACGUUAGUUAACGUUAGCUUCUUAGCGUAACAUUAAGCUAAUUAUACACUCUAAUACACACAAACAAUAGCUUUGUUGUUUACACACUCACUGCGGUUACAUAUUAUAUUUUAUCUAGUAACCUCAGCCGUUUAAAAUGAAUUGGGUCGGUGGUUCUAGGAACCGUUUAGUGAUGAGGAAUGAUGCGAAAAAACAAAGGGAGUUUUUUGAAAAGAGAAAAAUGCAACAGAAACUGAAAAACCUGGGAAUAAGUCUGCCGACGUCCUCCCCGGGAGACGGUGGUUCUGCUAGUAUGGACCUGAUGACUUUAUUUAUGGUCAAUCAGAUUGCUGCUAAGAAAGCAUGUAAAGAUCCUCCUAAAGUAGCGGUUUUUGGCAGCUGUAAAAGAGGAUCCAAGCAUAAGAGAAAUGAGCCCAUAGUUCUCCCGAUGAGCCCCUGUUCCCCGUCCCAACUGAGUCUGGUUGAGAGUCAGCCUCACUACAGUGUUCAGGGGAUCAGAAAAAGAAAAACUGUCAUUCCUCAAGGGUUCAAGUGUCGGCAGCUGUCGCCAGUGCUGGAGUCGGCUCUCUCAGAUAGUGGAUCUGACUACUGCCAACCCAUAACUGACCCUGUUGGCCCUUUCUCCUCCACCCCAUCAGCCUCUUCUUCAGGCCGAGGAAUGUUCCCCCUGCAGCUGGAUUUACAGAAGCAACAACCGCCACCCCAUUUCUCCCCUGCACCCUGGGACAAGUCACUUCUAGAGCAGGCUAAGUUUCAGCCUUUCUCCCAGCCAAGAGUUAUGACGGACACUACCCCUUGGUCCUGUGGAACCAACAAACCCUUCUUCAAACUGAGGACCCCGACAGCGGCGCGUGUCCUCUUUGGAAGUCCAGAACAACAUAAAUCAGAGGAGAGAGAGGCCGCGAGACAUGCAGCCCCCUUCCCCCUCAGCCAACCAGAGGACACAGAGCCCCUGAUGGACUUCACGUUCAGCCAGUCCGGAGCUAAAGAGCCGUUUCAGGAGGACGUCUUCAGUGGAUUUAGCCAUGAAGACUGUGAAAGUGAAGCUUCUCGUUUUGCGAGUGCAAAAUCUAAAAUAUACCUCACAGACAAAACACCAAUCAGAUCUUCAACGCCGCAAACUGUGCCUGACCCCGAGUGCAUGGGAAUGGAGCUCUCCAACUGUACUGACACGAGUUUUUCAUGUCUUGGACACAACUCUGGGCCGAGGAAUGGCCUCGACGAUUCACCAAGUUACCCCUGUAGUAGAGGCUGCCUUAGUUCAGACUCAAAUGAUGAUGAAGAAUGCUGUCAGCCGUGUCUCCAGGCCUGCGUUUCCUGUAGGGAUUGUGCCUGUAGUGCAGAUACUCUAAACACAAACGACGGCUUCCAGAGGAAUCUGGAACAAACACAAUCCAGGCCUCUCAGUCCACUAAUAAAACCCAAAGUGAACUUCAAAGAUGAACAAAAAGUUUUGGAGAACACGGCUAGCCCACAUAGAGUCUGCGAAAGUAAAGGCCACGAUGAUAAAAGCAGCACAGCUCAGUUUUUAUCCCCUCAGACUUCGAGCUCGAAACUGUGCGACUGCAAGAAAACAUCCACAGAAACUCAAGACGCGGGAACUCAGACGGCAGACAGCCCCGCAGCGGAGACGCGCGACGCUUCGACUCAGUGCGGCUUUGUUUCAGACAGCGGGACCGAAGCUCCCGGGUUCAGCUUUUAUCUGCCAAAUGUUGACAUGUCAGAACAGCGUCUCGCCACGGGGAGGCAGAUUGAUGCUGCCACGGAGCCAGACGCACUCGCGCAAGAGUCGAGGAGUGAAGGGAGCAUGAAGACACGGAAGCCUGGUUCCCUGUCAGACAGCAACAAAUUCACUGCCGCCAACUGUGGCAGAGUGACCCCGCAGCGGCACGCAAACCCCUUUCCAGACGUCUCGAGCGAGACUGUUAGCGGAGGUAACGCACGGAUGGGAAAUAUUCUGCUUCUCGUCUGCGUUACAGGGAGCUGCUUUGUUAAAUGGCCAUUUUCCUGCUCUCCGGUUUCUAAUUUAGGUAAUGAGAAUGGAAAGAGCCGAGAUGAGCGAGGGCACCGUGAGAACGGCCCUCUGAUGAAAGACCCAUCUGCCACCAGAGUUAACGGACUCUCAGAGGAGGCAGAGACGUUACAAGAAAUAGCCGACAUUUUGAUCCUGCUGAAGCAGAGGAAGAACGAAGGAUGAUGGAAAGAAGGUAGACGAAUGAAUGAAACAAGAAUUAGUCUUUUCAUUUAAUUUUUUUGUUUUAAUGCAGUAAAACCACACAAGUCACAGUGCUUGUUCUCAAUGUAUCAGAAUAAAGCACCACAGCCUCACUUAA